UUGAAUGAAUAUCAAACUGCUCACAUAUUAUAUUGCUCAAUCAAACUCAUCCACUGUUUGGACCAUUCAUUCUGGAGGCUGAUAAAAUUUGCGAUCAAAAAAAUUAAAGUCAAAUCUUCUUUGUAAAAUAGCCAACUACCUCACUGAAUUACACAAUUCGUUUUACUCCAUUUCAACUCCUAGCAUGGCAGCAGAACUUGUUGGUGGUGCUCUUCUUUCCGCUUUUCUCCAGGCUGCGUUCGACAAGCUGGCUUCACCUCAAUUUGUAGACUUCUUUCGUCGAAGAAAAUUUGAUGAGAAGCUGCUCGCAAAUUUGAACAUCAUGCUUCACUCAAUCAAUUCUCUCGCUGAUGAUGCAGAGCAGAAGCAGUUCAGAGAUCCACACGUGAAAGCAUGGUUUUUUGCUGUCAAAGAGGCCGUGUUUGAUGCAGAGGAUCUCUUGGAUGAAAUAAACUAUGAACUCACCAGAUGUGAAGUGGAAGCUGAAUCUCAAUCUCAAUCCAUCACUUACAAGGUAUCAAACUUCUUCAAUUCCACUUUCCGUUCAUUUAACAAGAAAAUUAACUCCGGGAUGGAAGAUGUCAUAACAAAAUUAGAAUAUCUUGCAAAGAAAAAGGAUGCUCUUGGCCUGCAACGGUAUAGUUAUUCUGAAGUGCCACAGAAAUUGCCAUCAUCUUCUUUGGUGGUUGAAAGUGUUAUUUAUGGCAGAGAUGCCGACAAACAAAUUAUCUUUAAUUGGCUCACUUCGAAAACUGACAAUCAUAACCAUCCAUCCAUACUUUCCAUUGUGGGCAUGGGUGGAUUGGGUAAGACCACACUCGCCCAGCAUGUGUACAAUGACCCCAAGAUCGACGAUGCAAAAUUUGAUAUCAAAGCCUGGGUCUGUGUUUCAGAUCAUUUUGAUGUUUUGACAGUGACAAAAACAAUUCUUGAGUCAAUCACUGGUAAAAAAGAUGAUAGUGGGAACCUAAACAUGGUUCACAAAAAUCUGAAAGAAAAUUUGUCAGGAAAGAAAUUUCUUCUUGUUUUGGAUGAUGUUUGGAAUGAAAGACGAGAAGAAUGGGAAGCUGUGCAAACUCCUCUUAGCUAUGGGGCUCCAGGAAGUAGAAUUCUUGUCACAACACGUGCUGAGAAAGUUGCUUCUAACAUGAGGUCUAAAGUGCAUCACCUAAAGCAAUUAGAAGAGGAUGAAUGCUGGAAGGUUUUUGAAAAACAAGCACUAAAAGAAGAUGAUCUUGAAUUGAAUGAUGAGAAAAAGAAGAUUGGUAGAAGCAUAGUUGAGAAGUGCAAAGGAUUACCCUUAGCUUUGAAAACAAUUGGAUGUCUUCUCCGCACAAAAUCAUCCAUUUCGUAUUGGAAAAGCGUAUUGGAAAGUGACAUAUGGAACUUACCUAAAGAACUUGAAAUUAUCCCUGCUCUGCUAUUGAGUUAUCAGCACCUUCCUUCUCAUCUCAAGAGGUGUUUUGCUUAUUGUGCAUUAUUUCCGAAAGGUUAUGUUUUUAACAAGAAAGAGUUAAUUUUGUUAUGGAUGGCUGAAGGUUUUCUCCGUCACUCUCAACAUAUCGAGAAUGUAGAAGAGAUUGGUGAACAAUAUUUCGAUGAUCUAUUAACGAGGUCUUUUUUUCUUCAAUCAAGCAUUAAAAUGCAAUUUGUCAUGCAUGACCUUUUGAAUGAUUUGGCAAAAUAUGUUUGUGGAGACUUUUGUUUCAGGUUGAAAUUUGAUAAAGGAAACUAUAUACCCAAGACAACCCGUCAUUUUUCAUGUUCAUUCCAUGACCUAGAAUAUUUUGAUGGUUUAGGGAAUUUAACUAAUGCUAAAAGACUGCGUUCAUUUCUUCCAAUUACAAGUAAUAGUUCCUUUAGUGGUAUCCCUAAUCAGUUCAAGAUUUUGAUACAUGAAUUGUUCUCCAAGUUCAAGUUUUUACGCGUCUUAUCUUUCAAUGGAUGUUCUGAGCUUACAGAGGUCCCUAAUACUAUUUGUAAUCUUAAACAUCUCCAUUCGAUAGACCUUUCUUAUACUCAUAUACAAAAGCUACCCGAUUCAAUAUGUUUGCUCUAUAACUUGCUAAUACUGAAGUUGAACUAUUGUGUAUAUAUGGAGGAAUUACCCUCAAAUUUGCAUAAACUCACCAAAUUGUGUUGCCUGGAAUUUAAAAGAACAAACGUGACAAAGAUGCCAAUGCAUUUUGGAGAAUUGAAAAAUCUUCAUGUACUGAGUACAUUUUGUGUUGAGAGAAAUGGUGAGGUCAGUAUUAGGGAGCUAGGAGGACUCAAUCUUCAUGGAAGGCUAUCAAUCAAUGAGGUGCAGAAUAUUGUGAAUCCUUUGGAUGCAUUAGAAGCAAAUUUGAAAAAUCAACAGCUUGUGGAACUUGAGUUAAAAUGGAAUUCGAAUCGCAUCCCCGAUGAUCCAAGGAAAGAAAAAGAAGUUCUCGAGAAUUUACAUCCUUCCAAUCACUUGGAGCAUUUGUCAAUUAGGAGCUAUUAUGGUACACAAUUUCCAAGUUGGGUAUUCGAUAAUUCGUUAUCAAAUUUGGUGUUCUUACAAUUGGAGAACUGUAAAUAUUGCCUAUGCUUGCCUCCCCUUGGACUAUUGUCUUCUCUGAAGUCCCUCCUGAUUAGAGGGCUUGAUGGAAUAGUGAGCAUUGGUGAUGAAUUUUUUGGGAGCAACUCUUCUUCGUUCACGUCCUUGGAAAGAUUGGAAUUCUACCAGAUGAAGGAAUGGGAAGAAUGGGAAUGUAAAACUACUUCUUUUCAACGUCUUCAACAACUUUCUAUCAAUCAAUGUCCUAAGCUGAAAGGUAUGCCAGAGAAACUUCUUCAUUUAAAGAAUCUAUUUAUUGAUUCUUGUGAUAAGCUCAUAAUUAGCGUAAACACCAUGGACACAAAGUCACUUCAAAUCUUGAGUAUUCGUUCAUGCCCACUUGUGAAUAUCCCCGUUACCCAUUACAAUUGCCUUGAACGAAUGACAAUUGAUGAUGGCUGCGACUCUCUUACAAUCUUUCAACUUGAUUUCUUCCCGAAGCUCCAUUUUCUUCAAUUGAGAAGGUGUCAAAACCUAAAAAGACUUUCACAUGAGCACGCUCAUAAUCAUCUCAAGGGACUAACAAUUCAGGAUUGCCCUCAAUUUGAAUCAUUUCCCAGUGAAGGAUUGUCUGCAACGUCGCUACAAAUGAUUGUAAUUCGAGGAGCGGAGAUUUUGAAGUUGUUGCCAAAACGCAUGAAAAUCCUACUUCCGUCUCUUACUGCGCUGCAGAUAAUUGACUGUCCACAAGUAGAGAUGUUCCCAAGGGGAGGUUUGCCAUCAAACAUAAAACAUGUGUCUCUUUCAAGUUUGAAACUUAUCACAUCCCUAAGAGAGACCUUGGAUGCGAACAUAUGUCUUGAAAGGUUGUAUAUUGAAAAGGUGGAUGAGGAUUGUUUUCCGGAUGAAGGUUUGCUGCCACCCUUUCUUGCUUCUCUAGCAAUCUAUGAUUGUCCAAAUCUCAAAACGCUGAGUUACAAUGGUCUCUGCCACCUCUCCUCUCUCACACUUCAUAAGUGCCCUAGCCUUCAAUGCUUACCAAAGGAGGGUCUGCCCAAAUCCAUCUCUGCUCUUGAAAUCUGGAACUGUCCAUUACUCGAACUACGUUGUAAGAAUCCAGAAGGCGAAGAUUGGGGAAAGAUUGCUCACAUCGAAAAACUGAUGGUUUGGUAAUAAGGUGAAGCAAAAAUUCAAAAUUAGAUGUGCAAAAUUCCAAUUUGUCCAUCUCUUCUAGAGGUACUAAUUCUCCAUAAUGUAAGACAUGUAACUCUCUCAAGUUUUAAACUUAUUACAAAGCAGAAUUAGAAGGGUCUCUUUCACCUCUCCUCUCUCACACUUCAUAAAUGCCCCAACCUCAAAUGCUUACCAGAGAAGAGUCUUCCUUCAUCAAUUUCAAUUCUUGAAGGCUGCCUCUAUUGCACGUAACAUGCCAACUCCACCAAUGUUGUUAACAUCUACAAGAUAGCAAAAUACCCGACUGACUAACGAAAUUCAAAGUAGGGGAUUCAUUUUUCUUGAAAAGGGUUUAAAUGUGGAGAUUUUAUCAUAUAUCAACAUUCUCAAUGUAUUUAAUCAGACACUGCAUGAGAAUAAAACAAAAACAGUGCUGUCUGAUGAGGCCCAAUUUAACUUGUUAGCCGUUGCUAGGACUCGGGUUCAAUCCCCAAAUCCUUGGCAACGACGCUAAAAACUUGUUAGCUCAAAAAAUACUUGUUGGGCUCGAUUUCGGCAAGUGCACCGAAUCGUUCAAGUAAUAAACCGGUAAGACCGGGUAUCGUUUUCCCAAGAGACUCGUAAUACUAGAGA